AUGGCUUCCAAAGUGAUAGUAGCCAUUGUACUUAUUCUUGUGACGCUAGUACCGAUCGGAAGAGCAACGUCUGAUGACGAUGUGAUGCUCCAUCUUCCGGCGUCUGAUACGACGAAUGCGGCCCCUGUCUGGCCGAGCCGAUAUCUGAGGUCAACCGAAUCCUUGACAACGACCAAUGAGGGCAACGCCGAAGAGAGGGGAGUCAUGCCGGAGUUCCUUGCUAAGUUGGGAUGGGGAAAAAGGGAUGCCGAUACCUUGCCGUUGAUGUCAAAAGAAAGCGAGACAAUGUCGUUACCCAUGAAAGAAAGCGAGACUAAACCAAAAGUUGCUAAAGCUCUUAAGAAGUGGUGGUCUUUCGACAUGAGUUUUUAUAAUGAUUACAAGGUCAAGCGUUUAAUCAAGAAUGUAAAAAACUUGAAGAACAUCAAGCCACUUACAACUCAAAAAUACUUUGAACGGUGGAACAAGCAGCAGAAAUCUGCGGAAGAUAUUUACGACCUUUUGGGCCUCCCAAAAGGCCCUUCCCUCUUAGAGAGCCCACUAGUAUGGAUUUGGCUGGAUUAUAAGCUCUGGAUCGACACAGAUAGCUACGAGAAAAUUAUUAAUGUACUCGAGGAAAUGUUCGGCGGCAACGAUGCGGUUAUAAAGAUGUUCAUGCAUUAUGAAAAAGUUCAAAAUUUUGGGAUGCCGAUCAAGAUGGCGGAAUUGAGAGAAUUUUAUGCAAAUAAAUCUUCAUAUAACAGGAUUCGGCUAAUAUUUCACGGUUUCCAUGCCAAACUUAAUGAAGUUGAUCGACCUCCACCACCACCAUUAAAAGCGCCUGAAGCACAAGAAACACCUAAAGAAGCUGAAGUACCUGGGCCUGGACGAGUUUGA